AUGAGCGGCAUACUAGCAGGCUCGGAGGUGUCGAAAGCUUCGAACCUCUCGACAAAGGCUCAAAUCGUCGAAGCAGGGACCGCCGCAAGCAGUUCAUUACGAAGCAAAGUGUUGCUUCCCGUCGAUAUCAUCCGCUCCCUCAAGCUGCAGACAGGCGAUGUGGUCCUCGUAAAAUCAGACGAAUCUAGUAGGCCCAGCUUCACUGUUGGCACAGUAUGGCCUUCUUUUGCGCUCGAGGCUGGCACUCUCUGCCUCCCUGUUGCUGCUCGGCUGGCGACGGGCUUCGAAGUAGGUCAGACUGUCUCCGUCGUUCCCCUUCAAGCAACUCAGUCCAAGACAACAUUGCGGAAACCUCCAACAGCUGCCACCAUUCAGCUCAUCGUCUCGUCAGAGAGCGGGGCUUCUCCACCUGCUUUUGCAAGGCUGGGCAAGUCCGAUCGUCAGAUGCUCACGGUUCACGCGAAAGAGUGUCUGACCGAUCUUGAAUGCGUUCAUGCAGGCCAACAGCUUUCAUUGACCUUUCAAGGCGAGCUUUUACAUUUCAUCGUCUCUCGACUCACCGAUGUCAAUGGACAGCAGGGCUGGACCGUCUCGACAUCCAUUACAUCAGAUGCCACUCCGAAGGCCACGACGCAGGUCUGUGUAGUCGGUCGUACCUCGGACGUCACACUCUCUACCGCUGACGCAUCACCCAAUCACAACACAAGUCCAGCCUCCAAUGUUGCGGCGAGCGCUGCUAGAGAGGAUCCCUACUCCAAACUUGGAGGUCUAGACCGUCAAAUUGCCGAAAUAAAGACACUGAUCGAGAUGCCUCUUAUGUCUCCCGAGAUCUUCGUGCUGUACGGGCUCAAGCCACCCAAAGGAGUGUUGCUGUACGGUCCGCCUGGAACCGGAAAGACUUCGCUCGCACGAGCUGUGGCCGCUGCUACUGGCUCUUCCUACCUUACCAUCAACGGUCCUGAGCUUUCAUCCGCCUUUCAUGGCGAGACGGAGUCGAAGCUUCGCAGCAUCUUUCGUGAGGCCCGACGUAAGAGCCCUUGCAUCAUCAUCAUUGACGAGAUCGAUGCUCUUGCGCCGAGGCGGGAAGGCGGUUCAGGCGAGGGUGCGAACACAGAUGGAGCUGGUGAAGUGGAGAGAAGAGUGGUCGCACAGCUGCUCACGCUGCUCGAUGGAAUGGAGGAGGCUGAUGUUGAAGACGACGAUGAAGCGCAACAGGACGAGGAGCUGGAUUUGCGAAAGCCAAUUGAUACGGCAGCCGAGAGCGUAAAAGCUGCCAAGAAACCUGCUCGCGUUGUCGUCCUUGCUGCUACCAACAGACCCAACGCUAUCGAUCCAGCCUUGCGUCGUCCUGGCCGUCUGGAUCGCGAGAUUGAAAUCGGCAUCCCGACAGCAGCUGCUAGAGGCGAAAUCAUCCGAGCCCUGAUCAGCACCGUUCCCCACGAUCUGACUGCUGAGAAGAUCGAAGAGCUUGCAAGCCGCACACAUGGGUACGUAGGUGCGGACCUGUCGGCUCUGGUGCGAGAGGCAGGCAUGCGCGCCGUACGUCGCACAUUCGCCCGUCGCCAGUCGGCUUCAGAUCAACUCGAGGCCAAGGUUCAGUCGAUGUCACUUCAGUCUGCGCCUGCUGCCGCUAGCGUCGAAGCUUCGACGCUCGACAAGGUCACAGCAGCUGAUUUGCAGGCCGCUUUGGUGCUCGUUCGACCCUCUGCCAUGCGCGAGAUCUUCCUCGAGCCACCGAAAAUUUUCUGGUCCGACAUCGCUGGCUCCUCUACGCCUUCCGUCGGAGGCUCUGGCGCUCUUUCUGCCAAGUCCGUUCAAGCUCAAGUGCGCGAGUUGGUCGAGUGGCCGAUCAAACAUUCUGCUGCCUUCUCCCGUCUGGGCAUCUCUCCGCCUCGUGGCGUCCUCCUCUAUGGACCACCAGGCUGUUCCAAGACACUUAUUGCUCGCGCACUCGCCACAGAAUCCGGACUCAACUUCCUCGCAGUCAAAGGUCCUGAGCUAUACUCCAAGUACGUCGGCGAAUCGGAGCGCGCCGUCCGCGACACUUUCAAGAAAGCUCGCGCAGCCGCCCCCAGCAUCAUCUUCUUCGAUGAGAUCGAUGCCCUUUCCACGAGUCGUGAUGGCGAUUCCUCCAGUGGCGACGCUCUGAACAGUCGCAUCAUCGCAACACUGCUAAAUGAAAUGGACGGCAUUGAGGCCAUGUCAGAUGUUAUCGUCAUUGGUGCUACGAAUAGGCCUCAGUCUCUCGACCCGGCGCUGCUCCGUCCCGGAAGACUCGAUAGACUUGUCUACGUAGGACCGCCCGAUCACGAGGCUAGGAAGCAGAUUCUGAGGUCAAGAAUGGCGAAGAUGGCAGUUUGUGCCGACCAGAUUGAUCUUGAUAGACUCGGCCAAAUGACCGAGGGCUGUUCGGGUGCCGAGGUAGUCUCGAUCUGCCAGGAAGCUGGAUUGCUUGCUAUGGACGAAGACAUCAACUGCCAAGCCAUCGAGCAACGUCAUUUUGAAAGUGCUGCUUCUGCAGUCAAGCGUCGCAUCACUUCCUUGAUGAUCCGACAGUACGAGUCUUGGAGGGACACCCUAGUCGUUUGA